UUCCUAGCGCGGCAGAGCGUGAUCUACGCUUGUAAACGGACCAUGGUGUUGUUAUAUCUCUGAGUGACAAGCUAGCAUCCGAAAACGGCGGCGGACAGACGCGUUUGCGAACUGCUAUCUGUUGUCCUGCUCCGGCGGGGAGAUAGAACCGAGGAUGGGCUCCAGAAUCAGGGAAAGUCCAGACUCCACUUUUGAGAUGUAUUUGGAGGUAGCGUAUCCAGGCACGAACAGUCCUGGGCCGGAGGUGAGAAGGCAGUUCCCUGAAGACUACACAGACAAGGAAACUCUUCAAACUGUUCCGAAGUUCUGCUUUCCCUUCAACAUGGAAAGCCUCACAGUCAGUCAGGUUGGACAAAACUUCACAUUUGUGUUGACUGACAUUGAAAGCAAACAGAGAUUUGGCUUCUGUCGUCUGUCAUCAGGCGCACACACAUGUUACUGCAUUCUCAGCUACCUGCCCUGGUUUGAAGUCUUCUAUAAGCUGCUUAAUAUCCUUGCAGAUUACACCAUCAAAGGCCAGGAAAGUCAAUGGCAGGAGCUUCUGGUAUCACUGCAUGAGCUCCCUAUUCCUGAGCCUGGCGUCCCUGUUCAUCUUGGCAUCCAUUCCUUCUUCACUGUGCCUGACACAGGGGAACUCCCCAGCAUACCUGAGAAUAGAAAUCUAACCGAGUACUUUGUAGCAGUAGAUGUCAAUAACAUGCUUCAUCUGUACGCUAGUAUGCUUUAUGAACGUCGAAUCCUGAUCUGCUGUAGCAAACUAAGCACUUUAACAGCUUGCGUCCAUGGGUCUGCAGCCAUGCUGUAUCCAAUGCACUGGCAACAUGUUUACAUUCCUGUCCUUCCUCAACACUUACUGGACUACUGCUGUGCCCCAAUGCCCUACCUCAUUGGAGUGCAUUCCAGCCUAAUGGAGAAAGUCCGAGUAAUGGCUCUGGAUGAUGUGGUGGUCCUGAAUGUGGAUACAAACACCAUAGAGACGCCGCAUGACGACCUUCAAAACCUGCCUAAUGAUGUGGUUUCAUCUUUGAAGAAUCGUUUGAAGAAGGUUUCCACAACAACAGGGGAUGGUGUGGCUCGAGCCUUUCUCAGGAGUCAGGUGGCUCUGUUCGGCAGUUACAGAAAUGCCCUGCAGAUCGAAUCGGGAGAGCCAAUAACGUUUAAUGAGGACACCUUUGUGAGCCAUCGUUCCAGUGCCAUGAAACAGUUCCUUCAGAAUGCCAUUCAGCUGCAGCUCUUCAAGCAGUUCAUUGAUGGGCGUUUAGACCUUUUGAACUCAGGGGAAGGUUUUAAUGACAUAUUUGAGGAUGAAAUCAACAUGGGUGAAUAUGCAGGCAGUGAUAAAACCUACCACCAGUGGCUGUUCACUGUUAAGAAAGGAGGUGGAGCUAUCUUCAACACAGUGAAGACUAAGGCAAACCCAGCCAUGAAGACGGUUUACAAGUUUGCUAAAGACCAUGCCAAAAUGCGUAUUAAGGAAGUCAAGAGCCGACUAAAGCAAAAGGAGCAGGCAGAGAACGGCUUUUCCACAGGCAGCUCAGCCGUCAUCGAUGACAGCGCAGCAGGGUUUACCUCAAUGGGUGCAGGUGGAAGUGGGGGACCGCUGCGCACCUGGGACGACCACCGGCCGAUCACUGUGCACUUUGGUCAAGCGCGACCCCCUAUGUUGCUGAAGAGACCAAGCAGCAAUUUGAGUCUGGAAAGCAGUACUGAACAUUCUAUCCGUCCUACUCGUCACUACACAGUCUUUCUCUCUGAGGAUUCGUCGGGAGACGAGCACCAGUAUGACAAUGAUUCCAUCUCUGGGUGUCCUGACAGCUUCCUCUUCUCCGUCCCUUUUGAAUGGUCACCUUUGCCACAGCCGUAUCAUUCCUUGAAGGAGGUUGAGUUAAUCGAAGGGGUCGAUCCUACCUUUGGGACAGAGUGUCAUACUGCGCCUCCCAGUCCUGUCACAGAGAAGUUCUCCAAUGUCAACCUCCUUGGUGACAUCUUCGGCUGCCAGGACGAGCCUGAGAAUCAGCCAAUUACCUUGGCUAAAAGUCUUGAGGACCUGAGGACCCCCAAAGCCUCAGACGAACUGCAGGCCAAGUUUACCUACCAGAGGAUGGAUCUAAGCCUUGGGGAACACUCGCGAACACUUCCAGGCCUCAAGCUCUCCAACCCCUACAAUAAACUGUGGAGCGUAAAGCAAGACGAGGCACCACUGCCCGUUUGUGCCCCCCCCGCCUGUGACAGACUGACUGACAGACAACCUUCUGUCCAACUUCCUAUAUACACAGAGUUCCACUCACCAAACCACGAAGGCUCCAGCCUAGCCACCGACUCUCUGGAGCUGUCCACCCCCAACAACAUCACCAUCCCACGUCCCCACGGACGAAAGACCCCUGAGCUUGGUACUGUCCUAGCGCCCCCUGUGGUCACGUCACGCUCUAAACCUGCAGGGACGGGUGAAGGAAGGACUUCAACAGGGGCACAAGAAUUUAGGCAAGCGCUGGGUAUGACCUCAGAUGGAGACCUGCUCAAGCCUUCCAAGGUUGCAGAGGACAGUAUAGACCUGCUGAGCCUUCUAGACCCCCUCAAGAGCUCAGCACAGAUCAGUUCCAAGUCACUAACUGACGGGCUAGAUGCUGGUACGUCAUCUAGCUGCAAACCUGCACUGCCACCCAUGUCUUACCCACAGGCUUUGCCUCCUUUCGCUGCCCAUCCUCAUGUAUCACUCAAUCCUUUUGCCCAGUCUCUGCAGCACACCUCCCCUCAAAUGCAUUACUCUCCGACCGUAAGUGGGAAUCCCUUCAGCGCAGUGUACGGAGCACCACAAGCCUAUUUACACACUGCGCCCCAGCCACAGUCCUUUUCGGCGAUAGCAGGUCUCUAUAGGCAGCAGUCUCCGGGCAGCUCGCCUCUGCCACCGCCGGCCCUCACCACCACCGUCACCCUCGUGCCUCAUUCGUCUGCCAGCAGUUACACUCUUUCCACUCUGGCGGAUUCCAUAUCUGGCACAGGUACAGCACUGGAAAAGCCCCGUUUUGCUGACAGAGAAAACCAGAAGACUCAGGAUCCUUUUGGGGAUCUGCUGACUAUGGUCAAGCCAGCUACACCCCAAAAAAAGAAGGUGGAGGACCUUCGAAGGAGGUGGGAAACCUUUGACUAAGACCUGUGAGCGACACUAAGCCGCCCUUCUUUGUAUUGCAGUUACUGACACAUUAGCUUAAAUACAAUUUCUUCUGCUUACACAACUCGCUAAAAGUAUAAGAUAUCAAAGACCUGCUGAUAAAAUCAACUUGUUUCCUGCUGCUGUGAGCUGAAUGUGAAUCUGAACUGUUGUCACCUUGCUACUACAGGUCACUGUGUGACCACAGGACAAGAAAGGAGCAGUGAACAAAAACCAUAAACCACAGAUCGGUGUUGCUAUUUGUAUACGCUACAGUAGCAACAAGCCUCUCUUUAAGUAGUUGAUGAGCGUAGAGUAGGAUGUAGCAGGAACCUGUAGCUUAUGAACAGGUUGAACUGUACAAAGGCAUUCGUCUGUUGUUGCUGCUGCAGAAUCGUGUCAAGUUGCCACAAAACAAAUGGCCGUCCAAGCUGUGGCCGUGUCAAACGUGCCCAUCUGGUGAUUCGAUAUAGUCACCAGACAGUGUAUUUUGUUGGAUCUGCUACAUAUGUAAAAGUCAAGGCCCAGUUUGAUCUGUUACUGAAACCUGACUGGCAGGUUGGUGUUCCCACACAUUUGACUCUAAUUGGGAUUGAAUGAAUGUGCCACUGAAUCUUCUUCUAGGACCUUCACUGUUACAUUACUACACUAGGUGGAAGAAUCAUUAAUGAGCACUUGCUGUUUGCUCACAAAACUAAUAUUAAGCCUAACUCAUUACAAUAAUCCUCUCAGCACAGUUGGUGUAGCUGCACUUUAAACAAUGAACCAGCUCCUUUUGGUAAUGUUGGUGCUCUAUAUAGCAGCAAAUUAAGUAAUUGUUGCAACAGGGACACCAAAUAGUGAAAUUAAAGUGAAAUUAAACCGCUUACAAUUGUAGUCAAUAUUUCCUUUUAGUCCUGUGUGUACUCAAUAGAAAAUCACAGAGACAGCUUCAAGAUGCCAACAAUUUACAGCUUGUCUCUAUUCACUAGCGAAGCCAGCACCUCUCUGUAGUGUAAUGUUCAGUAUAGAUCUUUAUAGAUUUGUGACUUUAGAGGAUACGAAGUAUAUCACAUUCAGUGUACAGUGUAUGUCAUCUACAAUAAGCCUGUACAUUAAGCAAUAGCUUGUCUGCUGUGGUUGAUUAACAUCCUACUGGUCGUGUGCUGCUGUAGCUACAGAGUGGUUGGUGGUACAGUGGUGGUUGGUAUCAGUCACUCAGUUCACACAUGGAUGUUUUCAGUAGCUUCAUGCACAGUGUUUAUUUCCUUCAAGAUGAAUCCCGUCUACGACUUCUCUCACUGACCUAUGAAAUGUGUUGCCUCCUACUGUUUUUAAAAGAGACGUUUUAAGAGGUCUCCAGCAGACUGUGAUGCCCCAGUGAAUAAUUAUAAACAUAUCUAUUAAAUAUGAGGGGGCUUUGAAACACUUUAUUGUACACUUUGUUGUUUUAAAAGAUCUAGUUGCUUCUUUUGCUGCUGAUGGAUGCAUUUCCUUUUGUUUGUUUUGCCUCAGUCCAGUAUUAUAUUGUGUUUGAUGGUGAUGUCUAAUGCGUUUCAGGUUUUCCCAGUUUUUCUAGCACUACUUAUUUGAGCUGUCAGACAUUGCGUAGCUGUCACUUCCUGUUAGCCUUUACAUCUUUCCAGGGGAUCCUGGUGCAUUUAUAUGUAUCCAAUGCCAAAAAGUCCUACUUGCUUCAAAGUGCUGUACAGUGUUAGUUGCAGUUCUGAGUAAACACUAUAUUUAUUCUAAGACUGAUUAAUUAAGAGUGGUGACUAGUAACUAAAGAUACUAGAUUGACAUUUUAAUAAUGUCAGCUUUACUUUCACAAUGCAGGACGUCAUGUCCUGCUAUGUUGUUGUACCAACAGUUAAUCUGUCUGUUGGUUAACAGCCACAUAUCUUAUUCCAUGUUCAUACCUGAAAUUACAAGUUAAAUGAUUUCUGCCAGAGAAUCUCUGGUUAAUUUAUCUUUAUAGAAGCCUUUUUUUUCACUAACCCCAUGAUUCUCUGACUUUUUAGCACAACCAAAUGAUCCCUUGUAUAAGACAAUUAUUAAAAUUAAACUCUGAAACACUGUG